AAGACAACGACGGCUCAUCUUUAAUACUUUGCCGGAUUCGGUCCCCCUGCACCGGUCCCCGCCCUCCCACCACAUUCUCUCUCUCUCUCUCUCUCACACAUCACCACCAAACCACCAUCUUAUCUACACAACCACACACUCCUAUUCACAAACCCUAAUUCACAACACCUGUAGUAAUUUUUCACAACAAACAAUGUACUCCAAUCGCUAAUUUUCAACCAUUAGAGGAUGCACAUCAACUGCUCAACGUCGUUUUUCGGCCGUUAAAAGUGGAAGAAAGUACCGUCUAACAGGUCUGUUGCUGCGCUUACGUCAUUUUCCGCCACCGUCACCGCUGGUGCUCUUAGGUUUUUGUAGUUUUCGUCGGAAAAUGUGCCAAAUUUGAAUACGCAGGCAGAUCCGCCGUUGGAGGAUACACAUUUGCACAUCAGCUGGUUCUGAUUGAAGUAAUAGAAAGGUGAACGUCGUUUCUCUGCCGUUGAAAGUUGUUGUGCUUACGUCAUUUUCCGUCACCGACAGUUUUUUAAGGAAAAUUCGGUUCGUAACUACUAGUGUUUUGUAGGUAACUACGAUUCUGUGUGAAUUACUGAAUUGUGAUUGAGUUGCGUGUUCUUCAAGUUUCGAGUGUACGGAUGGAGAAACGUGAAGAAACAUGUACCGAACUGUUUCAAUUCGGCGAGGAAAGCGAAUUUCAGAGCCUGAUGUCCGUCGUACCACCACCAGAGACCGGUAAUUCGUUCACGGCACUUCUAGAACUGCCGCCGAACCAGGCGGUUAUGCUGUUACACUCGCCGGAGGAAACCGCACCAGAUAAUUUCACCUCGCCGGAGUUUCUAGAGACACCGAACUCAAUUCUACCGAAUUCGAGCCCUAAUAACUUCAGUUUGGUGAAACAGGAGCCAGUUGAUUCAGAUUCGGUUCAUAAUUCUUCACCGAAUAUGUCAGAUCCAGUCAUUUCAAAAUCAACGAAGCGGAAGGAGCGAGGGAAGAAUGUUAAAUCAGCUGCGAAGAAGAGUAAAAGCGUUGCGAAUGAGACUGAUGGUGAUAAGCUUCCGUACGUUCAUGUUCGUGCGCGGAGAGGUCAAGCAACAGAUAGCCAUAGCAUAGCAGAACGAGCAAGAAGAGAGAAAAUCAAUGCUAGAAUGAAGCUUCUUCAAGAGCUGGUACCUGGUUGUAGCAAGAUUACAGGUACAGCAAUGGUGCUUGAUGAGAUUAUUAAUCAUGUACAAUCCCUCCAACGUCAAGUAGAGAGUGGGUCACUUAUGGAUGGUAAUGGUAAUUUUACUGGUAUGGUUUCACCACCGUUGAGCAACCAAAUAUGGCAACCAGAUGGGCUAACUCCUCAACCACUAUGGGGUGUUGAAGAGAUGAACCCUAAUUUCAUCACACCAGAAAACUCCCUUUUAAGUUACGACUCUUCUCGCAGUUCAGUUUCUUUGCAUACAAACCAGCUGAAAAUGGAACUAUGAUGGCGCGAUUCAUUCUAGUUUUAGGUUUUUGUAUAUAUGGGAAAAUAGUAAUUGAUAGAAAAUAUCAGUAACUUAGAUGAAGAAGCUUUAUAUGCAUUAAAAUUAACUCAUUGAUGGUUAGGGUUUUUAAAAAUCAAGAUUUGAGUAUGAAACUCAUUAUGUUAUUAAUUAUUAGGAAAAAUUACAAGUUU